CAAAGCUAAAUAACCAUCUCAUUGAAACGAAUUGAAAAAACUUUAACCAUUAUUAAAUAUUUACUAUAAAACCCUCUUCCCACCCAAUUCUUCCCAGCAAAUCUAGCUAGCUACUAUCUUUUUUGUGGCAUUUGAAUCCAAAGCAAUAAGAAGUGUUCGUACAAAGAUGGCCUUACAAUGGCAAUUCGCUUUAGUUCUUUGCAUGGUCUUCUUCUUCACCCCUAAUUUUUGUCUUGCACAAAAGAUGAAUCCCAUUGAUAGUUGCUGGAGACAGAACCCUGAAUGGCGAAGAAAUAGGCAGCAAUUAGCCACUUGCUCCGUGGGGUUUUCAGGGAAGAUGACUAACAAUAUUGGAAAAGAUAUUAUCCGCUAUAAAGUGACUGAUCCUAGUGAUGACCCAUUAAACCCCAAACCAGGAACCCUGAGAUAUGGAGCCACCAUGAUCAUUGGCAAAGUGUGGAUAACUUUUCAAAAGAACAUGAAUAUUGAACUUCAAAAGCCCCUUCUCAUUAGCAGUUUCACCACCCUCGAUGGUCGUGGUGCCAACGUUCACAUUACUGGAAAUGCUUGCCUUCUAGUCUACAAGGCCACCGAUGUAAUAAUCCAUGGCCUAAGGAUUCACCAUUGCAAGGCCACAGGUCCUAGCUCGGUGAGGGGACCAAAUGGAGAAAUGGUGACCCUAGGUCAAAUGGAUGGGGAUGCAAUAAGGUUGGUCACCGCAUCAAAGGUUUGGAUAGACCACAAUACUCUAUACGCAUGCCAAGACGGUCUUCUGGAUGUAACUCGUGGAUCUACCCACAUUACCAUCUCUAACAACUGGUUCAAGGACCAAGACAAGGUUAUGCUUCUUGGACAUGAUGAUGGGUAUUUGAGAGACAAGGACAUGAGGGUGACUGUUGUGUUCAAUCAUUUUGGUCCAAAUUGUAAUCAGCGGAUGCCAAGGGUUCGCCAUGGAUAUGCACACGUAGCCAAUAACCUUUAUCAAGGAUGGGAACAAUAUGCAAUUGGGGGAAGCAUGGAUCCUAGCAUUAAGAGUGAAGCCAAUUACUUUAUUGCACCAAAAUUAGGAAACAAAGAGGUAACAUGGAGAAAAGGCAUUACUAUGAACAGCAGGCCCUGGAACUUCUACUCUGUGGGGGAUGUUUUCGAGAAUGGAGCUUCUUUCACCCAAACUGGUUUAGGCAAGGCAAAGCCAAAUUACACCAAUCAACAAAGGUUCCAGGUUGUUGAUGCCAAGUUUGUUAAGUCUAUAACGAGCUCGUCAGGUGCUUUAAAGUGCUUUAGAACCAUUAUGUGCUGAGUCAAGAACCAUGGAUUAGAGACUAUGAGUCAAGGACCAUGGAUUAAAGACUAUGAAGAAAACGGCAGAUAUCAGCACAUAGUCACAUAUUUAAUAACUAGAUAUAUACAAUUAACAUGUACUCCUCCACUUGGGCCAUUCUACCUUGUAAUGUUUUCAGGAAAAAAACAACU